CACGCGUACACACAAACACCCUUGACCACGAUGGCAUGUGGACUACUUGAACGUCUCUCACGACUACCACCAUCCAGCAGAUGACACAGCGCAUGAGAACAAGCGGUACAAGAUCUUUGACAGGGUAUGGGAAACAUGUCAUCGACGGGACGUCGAGUGGUGGUGUUGGACGGGCAGCACCUCGACAUUGCUGCUUUGACCGCUAUUGCGCGCGGCGAAGCGGACGUAGCCGUUGAGCCCGCUGCGCUGGAUCGCUUGCUGGACAGCGAAAAGCGGUUGGUCACCGGACACCGCAAAGAGGGAGCCUUUGACAAGCCAAUGUACGGCAUCAACGUCCCAUUCGGCGCAGCAGCAUACAGCACGGUGCAAGGUGAACGCAUGCAGACUCUAGAGAAUCAGCUCGCGGGCCUCUUGUACGGAGACCUGGGCAGGGCAGGCCUUCUCGCGGAUGAUGCGAUGGACGGCGCGGACGGCAGCAGCAGCGCUAGUCGCCUCGAUCUGAGCAUGCCCAAAGAGUGGGUGCGCGGAGCGAUCGCUCUGCGUGCUCACGGGUUUCUGCGUGGUCACUCUGGCGUGAGAUCCAAAGUGCUGCGAGGCCUGCUUGCACUUCUCGAGCACGACAUUGUACCCCUUGUCCCCAUCCGAGGCUCCAUCUCCGCCAGCGGUGACCUCUCACCGCUGGCAUACAUUGCGUGGGCAGCCACCGGGCGCAUUGACCUGCGCGUACGAGCCAAGGACGGCUCGAUCAAGACGGCAAGACAGGCUUUGGAAGAGUGUCGCAUCCCUCCAAUCAACUUUACACCGCGCGAACUGCUCGCUACAGGGAACGGCACGGCAGUGUCUGCUUCUGUAGCUGCGCUCGCCAUGCAGCAGAUGCGCCGACUGUUCUACGCAUCUCAGGUGGUGACGGCGCUCGUGAGCGAAGCGAUGCUGGCGUCCAGCAGCCAUCUCGAUCCCUUUAUCCACGACGUGGCCAGACCGCAUCCUGGACAGGUGCAAGUUGCGAGGAAUCUCCGGGCGCUGAGCAAGGACAGCACGCUGCUUCGCGCCCACGACGAGGCCCCCGUGGCAAAGAUUAGAGCGCUGAGCGGAGGGGGAGGAGGAGCGAGCGUGCUGUGUGCCGAGGUGAUGGGGGAGCAAGGUCAAUAUCUGCUUCAAGAUCGAUACCACAUUCGCACAUCUCCACAAGUGCUAGGCCCAGCGUGGGAGGAUCUGGAAGCUGCGCAUCAAAGUCUGCUCGUCGAACUCAACAGCACGACGGACAAUCCGCUGGUGCGAGAGAGCGACGGCGCAGUGCUGCACGGAGGCAAUUUUCAGGGCUUUGCCGUGACUUUUGCGUGCGAAAAGAUGAGGGACGUGGCAGCGAUGACGGGUCGCUUGCUGCACGACCAAUUGUUCGAAGUCAUCAACUCGACCACAAACAACGCGUUGCCCGCCUGUCUGGCGCUCCACGACUCGGAGACGGAUGGAGGUCUAAGAGGCGUGGACAUUGCGUGCGCAUCUUACGUCUCUGAGCUCUGCUUUUUGGCGCAGCGCGCGAAUCACUUUAGCAGGAAUGCCGAGAGCGGCAAUCAGAGCAUCAACUCCAUGGCCUUGCUCGGCGCCCGACUCGCGCUCGACAGCGCCGAGGUGUUGACUUCGCUGGUCGCAUCGGCGCUCUUUGUGGCCGCGCACGCCUUGGAUCUUAGACUCAUCACCACCUCCUUCUUCGCCAUGGUCAGCGACAAGCUUGAAGCGGUGCUGAUGCCUUUGACCGACGACAUUUCCGCCAUCGCGCAGGACUCGAUCGUAUGGGCCGCCUUGUCGACGUGGAUGCGCACAUGGCACUUGACCACGACUUGCAGGGCAGCCGCUGCGGGCAGGGCGUUUGCGGCUGCAGCGGCGACCGCGACAUCGACGCAGUCGAAAGAGGGAGCAGCAUCAGCGAACUGCACGCACGGCUUUUCCCAGAUGCAGCAUCGUGUAGCCUCGCUGCUGGAAGAGGCGUGGAGCGACCACCGAGCAGAGGCGAUCGCUAGCGCCAAAGAGGGCAAAGAGACUGUUGCGCGCACAGGGUUGCAGCUUGGACGCGGGUCCGAUCAGGUUCGACGCUUCAUCAGAAGGGAGCUCGGCGUGAGCAUGUACUGCGGCGUGCAAGAGGCCUUUAUACCGACGGAUCAAGAGCCGCGUACGGUGGGCGAUGCGGUCACCGAGUUGGCCAAUGCGCUCAGAGAGGCCAAGUUUGAUGCGCUGUGGAUCCACUUGCAGGCAUCUUCGACGUGAGAUGUUGG